UCUACUACCGUACUGUGACGUCUUGAGCGCCUGUUUCCUGUCCCGCGUCCUGUAAAUGCUGUUGACAAAAGAAGCAAGUAAUUUAAACAUUUAUGCUUAUUCUGAAACACGUUUUCAACAGAAUUUAAGCGAUUGUUUUAAUCAAUGCUGAUUUCAAAAUAAUCUGUCUUGUAAUUAGUCAUUCGUGUUCGGUUUUGAUGAGCAAUUGGCUGAUCUUUGUUGUGGUAUAAGUUAUAAGUUAAACAUGGUUAAUAAAAUGCAUAUAAUCAGAAUCGGUCCUUUAAGAUAUGAACGUCCUUUUUAUAUAAAUGAACGAUUUCAUUAGCACUAAACUGUAUUCAGAGAUGAUUAUUUAUUUGACCAUAUAUUUGAAAAAUAAAUACAAAUCUAAACACAAAAUACCACAACAAAAAGACCAAGCAAAAAGCAGUACGUAAAGCCAUGAGGACUGAAAAAGGCCAAACUGAUAUAAAAAAUAUUUGUUGCAUAAAAGAAAAGUCUGUAAUGUCAAUGAGAAUCUAGAGGAGGGCGCGCUUUAAAAGCAAUAAACCUUGUGGACGAGAGAAACAAGAACAACAACAAAACAUUUGGCGCCACGUCAAAUAAAUGUUUUAUGAAGGUAGCAAUUUAAAAUGCCUUGCUAACGCCUUAGUAAGAAUUAAUAUGUCAGCUGUUUUGUAUAACAGUAUAUGGGUUGACGUUAUGUCUUUUAUGAUCGUUUACUUGAAUCUGUGGAAGCCAUUGCUUCGUUUCUAUUGGUGUUUUGUUGUAAAAAGAAUAAAAGCGUCGAGUUGUGCCUGUAUUACCAAGAUUAACUUUUACCAUUACAUUUUUAUACUUUCACUUGAUGUUUAAAGUAUUAUUUAUACAAGAGCAACAGUUAUUGUCCUUUUUAUACAUGUGGCAAUGCAUUUAUUGGCACUAGCACAAUAUGCUAUUUUAAACGUACUUCAGUUCAUUCCGAAUGGGAUUAUAAAUUAGAUUUAGAUAAAUAGAAAGUGGAAACCAACAUGCAAAAGUGUGUUGUACACGGAAGUCUCAUAGCAAGUAAACGCAAGUCUUGUUGUUGUGUCUUAUUGUAAACGUAAAUGUAUUUUGUUCAAUCUAACUUUAGUGCAAAAUAUCAACAAUACGUUGCUUUUUGUUAUUUUCGCGCUUUUUAAUCAUUUUGUAUACUUGUUUGUCGGGUUUUUGUGUUAAAUUUCUUUUAGUAUGGAGGGUUGCGAACGAACCCAAUUGUGUAACAUUUUACAACCCCCCCCACCUCACACCUUUAAAUUUCCCGCGAUCUGGAAACGUGUAUAGUCCUCACGUGACGUCUUUUCGCAUCCUGAUUGGUUCAGCUGACGCAAGAAUGAAAAGGGCAAGACAAAGCAGAAGGCUAGCCUUCUCUCCUAUUGGGUGAUUUUGAGCGCCAAGAAAUGAAUAUAAGAGUCACCGGCACUCGUACUUCGUAUUCUUCCCUCCAGCUGGACUGUAGAUAUUCAAGCUCGUAUACUUAAUUUAUUUGUGUCUUAUAAUCUUCUUUGAUUUUACUUUGUCGUUGCGUCUUAAGUGUAGCUAUUUUUUUUGUAUAUUUUAUCAAACACUCAUUCACCAUGCUGUCUACUCGCUCUCCACUUAAAACCAAGAAUGAAAACUCAGUUUCUUCAAAAAUGAGUAGCAUGUCCUUGGUGGACAAAGAAAACACGCCUCCCAGUCUGAACUCAACCAGAGUCCUGGCGUCCAAAGUCGCGCGUAAAAUCUUUGAUUCAGAGGAACAACCAAAAGCCAGUAAAGCAAAUGUGGCGGAAGAGCCACUUCUCAAGGAGAACGCCCAUCGCUUUGUCAUUUUCCCAAUUCAGUACCAUGACAUCUGGCAGAUGUACAAAAAGGCAGAGGCCUCUUUCUGGACUGCGGAGGAGGUGGACCUGUCCAAAGAUAUCCAGCACUGGGACUCUCUGAAAGAUGAGGAGAAAUAUUUCAUCUCCCAUAUUUUGGCUUUCUUUGCUGCAAGUGAUGGCAUUGUCAACGAAAACUUGGUGGAGCGCUUUACUCAGGAAGUCCAGGUGACUGAAGCCCGUUGCUUCUAUGGUUUCCAGAUCGCCAUGGAAAACAUUCACUCGGAAAUGUACAGUCUGUUGAUUGAUACCUACAUCAAAGUUCCAAAAGAAAGAGAGUUUCUUUUCAAUGCCAUUGAGACCAUGCCUUGUGUAAAGAAGAAGGCUGACUGGGCACUCAACUGGAUUGGAAACAAAAAUGCACAAUAUGGAGAGCGAGUGGUGGCUUUUGCUGCUGUGGAGGGAAUCUUCUUUUCUGGCUCUUUUGCUUCUAUUUUUUGGUUAAAGAAGAGAGGACUCAUGCCUGGACUCACCUUCUCCAAUGAGCUUAUCAGCAGAGAUGAGGGGCUUCACUGUGACUUUGCCUGCCUUAUGUUCAAGCACUUGGUCAACAAACCCUCAGAAGCAACUGUAAGGAAUAUCAUCACAAACGCAGUUGAAAUUGAACAGGAGUUCCUGACUGAGGCUCUACCGGUGAAGUUGAUCGGCAUGAACUGUGACCUGAUGAAGCAAUACAUUGAAUUUGUUGCUGACAGACUAUUGCUGGAGCUGGGAUUCAGCAAGAUCUACAAGGUUGAGAACCCCUUUGACUUCAUGGAGAACAUUUCCUUGGAGGGCAAGACCAACUUCUUUGAGAAACGAGUGGGAGAGUACCAGAGGAUGGGAGUUAUGUCUGGACCUACAGAUAACGCUUUCAGACUAGAUGCUGAUUUUUGAAACUGAUCAGUGCUGGAAAUGGACACUUUAAGGACUAUUGACAUGUAAAUGGGCUUGGCCCUUACAUUUGUACAGUAUUCAUGUCAGAUGAAUCUAAUUGAUUUGUAAGAUGAUUUUUGUUGGUUUAAUAAUAUUAAAAUAGUUUUAGUUUUUGCCCUUUUUAAAUAAAGAAAAAAACUUAAUGUGCUUGAAUCUCUAUUCUAACUGGUUGUUUUAAGAUCUGUUAAAGUGGGUUCAGCUGUUUUUAAAACACCGCUCCAUUGUUGCAGCUCACUUAACAAUGGAGUAUGUUUUACCUAAAAUUUGACAAAUGGCAUUAUUUUAAAUGCACACCAAGUCUAUAAAUAGUUAGUUUCUCACGUCAAACACUUUAAAAAGUCUUAGUAUUGCUUGUAUGUGGAAUUUAGAUUCGCACAUGGGGACCUCAGUAUUUACUAAUGCUUUCCUGUUUAUGUAUUAGAUAUAAUAUUAUUGUUAUGUUACAAAAUGUGAAUAUCAUUGAAAUCUUGGGCAUUGUGCUUUUAGUACAGUGACUCAUUUUCUCAAUGCACACCUGUAAUAAAGAGCAACAUUACUGACAUGGAAACUUCUGAAGUGCUCAAUAUAUUUAUAGGACUCAUUAUCUGGGGCACUCUUGGUAUGGGCUGGGUGACCAACCAUUCUCUUAAAAGUGCUUUCAGGACAUUGUGAACUUGGUAGUACACUCAAACAUGUUUAAAAUAAACUGGAACAAAGUUGUGAGAGAUUAUCCAUCCCAAACACUUCAAAAUAUGCAUGGUUACAUUUGGUAAUGUCAGGUUGCUACUCUGAUGUAUGGCACAAGUGUCUUUAAUUUGCCAAUUAAAUCUGUACUUCUGAAACGAUUAUAGACUAUUGUGAAUAUC